AUGGCACAGAAGCUCGUCGCGCCACCGACGGCGCUCGUCGCCGCCGUCCUGGCGCUCGUCCUGUGGGCCGCCACGGCGGCCGCGCAGAACUGCGGGUGCGCGUCGGACCAGUGCUGCAGCAAGUACGGGUACUGCGGGACGGGCAAGGACUACUGCGGCGCCGACACGUGCCAGUCGGGCCCCUGCGACGUGCCGGCGACCAACAACGUGUCCGUGGCCAGCAUCGUGACGCCGGCCUUCUUCGACGCGCUCCUCGCGCAGGCCGCCGCCUCGUGCGAGGCCAACGGGUUCUACACCCGCGACGCCUUCCUCGCCGCCGCCGGCUACUACCCGUCGUUCGGCCGCACCGGCACCGUCGACGACUCCAAGCGCGAGAUCGCUGCCUUCUUCGGCAACGCCAACCACGAGACCAUAAAGUUCUGCUACAUCAACGAGAUCGACGGGCCGAGCAAGAACUACUGCGACCCGAACAACACGCAGUGGCCGUGCCAGGCGGGGAAAGGGUACUACGGGCGUGGCCCCCUGCAGAUCUCGUGGAACUACAACUACGGGCCCGCAGGGCAGAGCAUCGGCUUCGACGGGCUGGGCGACCCCGACGCGGUGGCGCGCAGCGCCGUCGUCGCGUUCCGGUCGGCGCUCUGGUACUGGAUGAACAACGUGCACGGGGUGGUCGUCUCCGGGCAGGGCUUCGGCGCCACCAUCCGGGCCAUCAACGGCGCGCUCGAGUGCGACGGCAAGAACCCGAACUCCGUCAACAACCGCGUCGCCUACUACAAGCAGUUCUGCCAGGAUUUCGGCGUCGACCCGGGCAGCAACCUCACAUGCUGA